CUGUUUUUGGAAGAGUGUUAGACAAUGAUGGUUUAGGAGCCACGUUAAACAAAUUGAGUGAAAUGUUUAAUGGUGGUGCAGCAAAUGUGCUUCAGAACACUGGUUUAUCACAAAUGCUUGAAGACAAUGGUUUAGGAGAAGCUUUAAACAGAGUGAGUGAGAUGGUUAACAAUGAUGGUUUAGCACAAGCGCUUGAUAGCUUUGGUUUAGGAGGCGUGGCGACCAGUGGUCAAUUGGAUCAACUUAUAAGACCAGUAACAGAUGGUCUUGAUCUUGGAAACAUUUUAGCCCCACAGGGCAUCCAAGACCUGUUACAAAAAACUGAUUUAGGUACAAUUUUAGGCCCAGAAAGCCAAUUAGAAGGCGGUGAGUUUGCUGAUAUUUUAACAUCAGAUGGUUUGAAAGCUCUGCUAGGAAACGUACAGGAAAAUUUCGGUGGUGGUGCUGAUUUAGCUGACAUUUUAACCUCAGUUAAUGGAAUGGCAGGAAAAUUUGGAUCGGACAGUUUAGGUUCGUUAAGAGGUGGAGGUGAAUUUCGAAAGAGACUUUCAAGAAUAGGGAAAGAAAAUGGAGGAGCAGGAGGAGAAAGUGGAGGAGAAGAUGGAGGGGCAGGAAAGGAAGAUGGAGAAGCAGGAGGAGGAAAUGGAGGAGAGGAAAGAAGUUAUGGAGGAUCGGCAGGUGGAAAUGGAGGUGAAUUCCAACAUGGAAAUUUCGGGGGGUCUGCGUUAGGAGAAUCAGGAAAUUUAAACAUCGGUUUUCCUCGGAGGGAAAGAAGAAUUUGGACACAUAAAACUCUUUAGCUAGGUUAACCUGCUUUAAUGCCUGGUAUGAUGUAUAUAUAUUGUCCGAAGAGGUUGUAUUUCUAAAUUAUUUGAAAUUUAUAUAUGAUCAAUAAAUGUUUUUUAGAUGCA